AAGGCACGGGAGACGUCAGGCCUGGCGACGCCUCACUAACAACUGCGCCUCGCCUCGCCGAAGCUCCAACCUCCAACGUCAACGUCGACCGACCCCGCCGAGCUCCGUGUUCACCAUCGACAUCUACAUUCGUGCUAUUUCUAGUUAAUUGAGGACGUCUGAGGACGUAUUUGCUGUCAUGUCUCAAUCCCUCCGACCCUACCUGCAAUGCGUACGCAGCAGCUUGACCGCCGCGCUCACACUCUCCAACUUUGCUUCUCAGACCGCCGAGCGACAUAAUGUUCCAGAGAUUGAGGCACAAACGUCCCCCGAGGUCUUGCUGCAGCCCUUGACCAUUGCGCGCAACGAGAACGAGCGUGUCUUGAUUGAGCCCAGUAUUAACUCCGUCCGUAUUAGCAUCAAGAUCAAGCAGGCCGACGAGAUUGAGCAUAUACUUGUCCAUAAGUUUACAAGAUUCUUGACGCAACGUGCGGAGUCCUUCUUCAUUCUGCGGAGGAAACCUAUCAAGGGCUAUGACAUUUCUUUCCUGAUAACAAACUUCCACACCGAAGAAAUGCUGAAGCACAAGCUUGUCGACUUUAUUAUUCAGUUUAUGGAAGAGGUCGACAAGGAGAUCUCUGAGAUGAAGCUAUUUUUGAACGCUCGAGCACGAUUCGUGGCCGAGUCUUUCCUUACACCUUUUGACUAAACCCCUCAGCUGCUUUGAGGCUUGGAGUUUGCUUGGGAGUGUCGGCUGCCGCAAUGUUUCUGUGACCAGGCAAAAUGUAUCAACCAUUCGUGAUAGCAUGGUUUGAACUGCGGAGGCUCUGAUAGGCGAGCCUCAUGCCGUCUUGAGAAGGGAGGUUCAAGAUAGCGACAUUAGACAUAAACUUUGCCGACUUACCGAAUUGAGAUGCGUAUCUUUCUGGAAACGAAACCUUUAUUAUGUCUGACAAUAUCAUUCUUGGGGUAGAGGCCAUGAUUUCCAGUCUUAUGCCCAAAUUAGUAUGUACCUACCUAGUUCUUGAAUCAGAACACUGCCAGUUGAGGAAGGAGGCAUCGUCGUGAUUGCCUCGUGGGAACAAUGGGUCUUUAGGUAAGAAAGUAACACGUUUUUGGAUCAUCUACCAUUAUCUCAUCC